AUAAGGAAUGCGAUGCUCCCUCAAGAUUACAGCAGAAGACAGACCCAACGCUCUACAACAGACGGCGAAUCGCUGUCUUCCAACGCCGAAGAAUCGGCCUGGCUAUGUUCCGAUUCCCAAAACGAGUUUCCAUGAUUCUUCCGUAGUUGAAUUUCGUCGACGUUUUUGAUUCGUUUUAUUAUUAUUAUUUUAUUUUAUGUUCUUGAUGUAUGGGAGUCGAUAUCGAAAAGCUGCAACGGUUUUAGAUGACGAUCUGCUGUUCUGGAAAAGAUUAUUUUUUAUGAUUUGCAUUGUCGAUUGAGAGGAUUUGGGAGAUCUAGGGUUAUUCGGAUACGUCUCAUGCUUCUGAAGUAAUUCGAUUCGUGCUUCUGAAGGAAUCUGAUGUAAGAUCUUCUGUCUGAAGAAUUCGCAGAGGAGUUCAGUGUUUUCAUUUCAAGGAAUUCUUUGAUUUAUGGUUCCAGAGAAGUUCGAUUAGCAGUUCUGGAUAAGUCUAGCAAACUGCGGUUUGGAUUGGAAAAGUUCGAUUCAGAGUUUUGGAGAAGUCUCGUUAUUGUGAUUCAAAGUGGAAGAGUUUGAUUUGCAGUUGGAAGAAGCUCGAUAAGAGCUUUUGGAGCCUACGAUCUUUGAAUAUGGUGAGCGGGCAUCUUUUCUAUUAUCGGAAGAAUUCAUGGCCUCCGGAGGAGUACGUCAGCAAGGCUACGUUGCAGUUGCUGGACUUUGAUAGCGCUGCUCCACCAGAGCAAGCAUGGAGAAGGAGACUAAACAGCCAUGCUGAUAGACUAAAAGAGUUUAGUGUGACAUUUACAGAGGCAUUGAAGAUGAUUCGUCUUGGGGUUCGUCUUUGGUCAUAUGUAAGGGAAGAAGCUUCUCAGGGAAGGAAAGCACCUAUUGAUCCAUUUACUCGAGAAAGUUGUAAGCCCUCGGCUUCCCAAGGGGUACCACUUGGAGGCAUGGGAAGUGGUAGCAUAUCAAGAGGUUUCAGAGGGGAAUUCAGGCAUUGGCAAAUUAUUCCUGGUUUAUGUGAAUCGUCGCCCGUCAUGGCGAAUCAGUUCUCCAUUUUCAUAUCUCGAGACGGAGGAAACAAAAACUACUCCUCAGUUUUAGCCCCUGGCCAGCAUGAAGGGAUAGGAAAAGCUGGUGAUCAGGGUAUAUCAUCGUGGGGCUGGAACCUGAGUGGUCAGCAUUCCACAUAUCAUGCCCUAUUUCCAAGGGCGUGGACAAUCUAUGAUGGUGAACCAGACCCAGAGCUGAAGAUUUCAUGUCGCCAAAUAUCACCAUUCAUACCACAUAAUUAUCAAGAGAGCAGCCUUCCUACUUCUGUGUUUGUUUACACUUUAAUGAACACUGGAAGAGAAAGGGCAAAAGUCAGCCUGCUCUUUACCUGGGUGAAUUCAAUUGGUGGCACUUCACACCAAUCAGGAGAUCAUGUCAAUGAGCCAUUCAUAAGUGAAGAUGGAGUUUCUGGCGUGCUUCUACAUCACAAGACUGCGAAAGAUAACCCUCCUGUGACUUUUGCUAUUGCUGCAUGCGAAACUCAGAAUGUCAAUGUGACUGUUUUGCCAAUUUUUGGGCUGUCUGAAGGAAGCCAUGUUACUGCUAAGGAUAUGUGGGGCAAAAUGGUGCAGGAUGGUCAUUUUGAUAGAGAAAAUUUCAAUACUGGCCUCAGUAUUCCAUCAGCACCUGGAGACACAAUUUGUGCAGCGGUGUCAGCUUCUACAUGGGUAGAACCUCACGGAAGGUGCACUGUUGCAUUCAGUUUAGCAUGGUCAUCGCCAAAAAUAAAAUUUCAAAAGGGAAGUAUUUACCACAGGAGGUACACAAAGUUCUAUGGCAACUCUGAAAGAUCAGCUAUUGACUUGGCACAUGAUGCUUUAAUGAAUUAUAAGUGGUGGGAAGAGGAGAUUGAGAAAUGGCAAAGUCCUAUCCUCAGAGAUGAAAGGCUUCCAGAAUGGUACAAAUUUACUUUGUUUAAUGAGCUUUACUUUUUGGUCGCUGGAGGAACGAUUUGGACCGAUGGUGGAUCCCCCGCCACCGAUGGGAAUUCAAGCACUGGUAGCAGUCACUACAAAUCAAUGAAAACACUGAAUGGAGGUGUGGGUACGACAGUGGCCACAGUGAAUGGCCAGGUGGGUGCAGUCACAGAGCAUACUAGAGGAAAUGGGCUCCGAAGAUGUUUUUCUCGGGAGAAGAAAAAUAGCAGUCUGAAUGCACAGGAUGACAGUGGAGAUGUCGGGAGGUUUCUGUACUUGGAGGGAGUGGAGUACAUCAUGUGGUGUACGUAUGAUGUGCACUUUUAUGCCUCUUUUGCUCUUCUCGAACUAUUCCCAAAAAUUGAAUUGAGUAUCCAAAGGGACUUUGCAACGGCUGUCUUAUUCGAGGAUAGAAGAAAAGUCAGGUUCCUGGCUGAUGGUAGCUGGGGAAUCCGUAAGGUUAAAGGAGCUGUUCCUCAUGAUUUAGGCACGCAUGAUCCAUGGCAUGAAAUGAACGCGUACAACAUUCACGACACAAGUAAAUGGAAGGAUCUUAAUCCUAAGUUCGUGCUUCAGGUAUAUAGAGAUUUUGCUGCAACAGGAGACAUGUCCUUCGGAGUCGAUGUCUGGCCCGCAGUCCGCGCUGCCAUAGAAUACAUGGAACAGUUUGACAGGGAUGGGGACGGUCUCAUUGAGAAUGAUGGUUUCCCAGAUCAAACAUACGACACUUGGACAGUUCAUGGCAUCAGUGCUUACUGUGGAUGUCUGUGGCUUGCUGCUCUACAAGCUGCAGCUGCCAUGGCCCACCGUCUUGGCGACGGGGCCUUUGCCGAGAAGUGUAUGAGUAAAUUCCUGAAGGCCAAACCAGCAUUUGAAGCAAAACUGUGGAAUGGGUCAUAUUUUAACUAUGACAGUGGGACGAGUAGCAACAGCAGGUCUAUACAGGCUGAUCAAUUGGCAGGCCAAUGGUAUACAGCUUCGUCAGGUUUGCAUUCUCUAUUCAAUGAGGGGAAAAUCAGGAAUGCCCUCCAGAAAAUAUUCGAGUUCAAUGUAAUGAAAGUGAAAGGUGGGCGUAUGGGCGCUGUCAAUGGGAUGCAUGCCAAUGGUAAAGUCGAUGAGACCUGCAUGCAGUCACGUGAAAUCUGGACUGGUGUCACCUACGGUGCUGCAGCCACAAUGCUUCUUUCAGGAAUGGAGCACCAGGCAUUUACCACUGCAGAAGGUAUUUUCAUCUCCGGCUGGUCGGAAGAGGGAUUCGGGUACUGGUUCCAGACACCUGAAGGAUGGACAAUAGAUGGCCACUACCGCUCGCUGAUAUAUAUGCGUCCACUCGCAAUCUGGGCCAUGCAAUGGGCCUUAUCCAUGCCCAAGGCAGUCCUUGAGGCCCCCAAAGUAAAUAUGAUGGAUCGACUCUACAUGACUCCCUACAGUGCAAGAAGUCUAAAUGACACUAGCUUGAGGAAGGUCGGGACCAAGACCUGGUGUUUCAGUAACACAGUCUUUCAUUGUGAGUGCUGAUUAACAAGAAGAGAGAAUUUUUAGCUGUAAAUUCUGUUUUCUAAAGGGGGCAAUGCAAUGGAACCUUUGCUUUCCAAAACACUGCCGUCUAAAAAACCAGCUAGAAAAGGCUGUAGCUGAAGAGAUUUCAAUGUACAAUGUCUGUACAUACUGUUUGUAUAGUGAUGAGAUGGGUAGAGAGCUGGUUAUUUA